CACCGCCAAAGUUUUUAAGAACCCCCAAUGACCAAACAGGCGUGCAGGGAGGCGUUGCGUCCUUCAUCUGCCAGGCCACGGGAGAUCCACGGCCAAAGAUCGUGUGGAACAAGAAGGGGAAGAAAGUCAGCAACCAGAGAUUUGAGGUAGUGAUAGAGUUCGACGACGGCUCUGGUUCCGUGCUGAGAAUUCAGCCGUUGCGCACGCCCCGAGACGAAGCCAUUUACGAGUGCGUUGCCUCCAACAGUGUUGGAGAGACGAGCGCUACGACCAGGCUGACUGUUUUACGUGAGGACCAGCUGCCCCCUGGUUUCCCCACCAUAGACAUGGGCCCACAGUUAAAGGUGGUGGAGCGAACGCGCACCGCUACCAUGCUCUGUGCCGCCAGCGGCAACCCCGACCCAGACAUCUCCUGGUUCAAAGACUUCCUCCCCGUCAACACCACCAACAACAACGGACGCAUUAAGCAGCUCAGAUCAGAAUCCUUUGGUGGUACGCCAAUAAGAGGAGCCCUGCAGAUAGAGCACAGCGAGGAACCGGACCAGGGGAAGUAUGAGUGCGUGGCGACCAACAACGACGGGACUCGCUAUUCUGCCCCGGCUAAUCUUUACGUCAGAGAGCUACGAGAAGUGCGACGGGUCCCACCCAGGUUCUCCAUCCCACCGACAAACAAUGAGAUCAUGCCAGGUGGCAGCGUGAAUAUCACAUGCGUAGCUGUGGGCUCGCCCAUGCCCUACGUCAAGUGGAUGCUGGGGGCCGAGGACCUCACCCCUGAGGACGACAUGCCCAUUGGACGGAAUGUUCUGGAGCUAACUGAUGUGCGGCAGUCGGCCAAUUACACCUGUGUUGCCAUGUCAACACUUGGAGUGAUAGAGGCUGUAGCCCAGAUAACGGUGAAAGCACUACCCAAGGCGCCCGGCACGCCGGUGGUGACUGAGCGCACAGCCACCAGCAUCACGCUGACUUGGGACUCUGGCAACCCCGAGCCGGUGUCUUACUACAUCAUCCAGCACAAGUCCAAGUACUCAGACGACCUGUACAAGGAGAUAGACGGCGUGGCCACCACUCGCUACAGCGUGGGCGGCCUUAGCCCCUACUCCGACUACGAGUUCAUGGUGGUGGCCGUGAACAACAUCGGCCGAGGGCCGCCCAGCGAGAGCAUCGAGGCCAAGACGGCGGAGCAGGCGCCGAGCACCGCGCCGAGGCAGGUCCGAGGUCACAUGAUGAGCGCAACCACGGCGGUCAUCCAGUGGGACGAGCCGGAGGAGCCCAACGGGCAGAUCAUGGGCUACAGGGUGUACUACACCAUGGAUUCCAGCCAGCACGUCAACCUCUGGGAGAAGCAGAUAGUUCGGGGCUCUAACUUCGUCACCAUCCAGGGCCUCAUCCCGAAUAAGACCUACUUCAUCAAGGUGUUGGCCUACACCUCGGUUGGCGAUGGACCCCUUUCUCCUGAGCUCCAAAUUAUUGCCAAGACUGGAGUUCCCUCCCAGCCGACUGACUUUAAAGGAGAAGCCAAAUCAGAAACAAGUAUUUUGCUUUCAUGGAACGCUCCGGCACAGACGGGACUGGAAAACCAAGUGACUGGAUAUGAGCUCAUGUACAGGAAGAAGGACGACAAAGAGGAGAAACGAAUCAGCUUCGAGCCGACAACCACUUACCUGCUGAAGGAGCUGAAGCCCUUCACCACGUACACUUUUCGUCUGGCCGCCCGCAGCAAACACGGAGUCGGCGCUUACACCAGUGACAUCUCCGCCGAAACGCCACAGACACAACCCGCCGGCCCGCCUCAGGACGUAAAGUGCCACAGCCCCAGCUCCACCAGUAUCCUGGUAAGUUGGCGGCCGCCGGCUGUGGAGCUCCAAAACGGGAUCUUGACGCAGUACGCCGUCCACUACGCCGCCACUGAAGGGGAGGACACCACCGUUCGCCGAAUCUCCGGCAUCCCCCCGGAGAGCUCCAAGUACCUUUUGGAGAACCUGGAAAAAUGGACUGAAUACCGCGUGACGGUCCUUGCCCACACGGAUGUCGGAGCAGGACCAGAGAGCCUGCCGCAGCUUAUCCGCACGGAGGAGGAUGUUCCUAGUGGGCCACCUCGUAAAGUUGAGGUGGAGGCUGUCAACUCUUCAUCAAUUAAAGUGAUUUGGCGCUCACCGGUGCCCACCAAGCAGCACGGUCAGAUCCGAGGAUACCAGGUGCACUAUGUCAGGAUGGUUAAUGGGGAGCCCACAGGACAGCCAGUCAUCAAGGACAUCCUGAUUGAUGAUGCCCAGUGGGACUACGAUGAUACAACUGAACAUGAAAUGAUCAUCACAGAGCUGCAGGCCGAGACCACAUACUCUGUUACAGUGGCAGCCUACACGACAAAAGGCGACGGUGCACGCAGCAAGCCCAAACUGAUCACCACCACUGGCGCAGUUCCUGAGAAACCUCGCCUUAUGGUCAGUACAACAAACAUGGGCACUGCUCUCCUCCAGUGGCACCCCCCAGUAAUAACCCACGGGCCCCUGCAGGGCUACCGCCUUCGCUUCGGCCGCAAAGACGUGGACCCGCUGACCGUUAUCGAGUUCCCCGAGCGAGAGAACCACUACACCACCAAAGAAAUCCAUAAGGGAGCCUCAUACACGUUCCGCCUUUCAGCGCGCAACAAGGUGGGCUUCGGCGAGGAGACGGUCAAAGAGGUCACCACGAACGAGGAAGUACCGAGCGGCUACCCUCAGAACAUUAAAGCGGAGGGGGCUAGCAUCUCCACGGUUCAGGUCAGCUGGCAGCCUGUUCUGCUGGCGGAGAGGAACGGUCAAAUAGUGAAAUACGCUCUGCAGUACAAAGACAUCAACAGCCCGCGCAGUCCGUCGGAACUCUUCAUCACUGCCCCGGAAUCGACCGUCCUCCUGGAUGGGCUCAGGGCAGACACCACUUAUGAUAUUAAAAUGUGUGCCUUCACCAGCAAGGGCUCUGGUCCAUAUAGCCCAAGUGUCCAAUUCAGAACACAGCCUGUGGAUCAAGCAGUGUUUGCAAAAAAUUUUCACGUGAGAGCUGCCAUGAAGACGUCAGUGUUGCUGACGUGGGAGAUUCCAGACACCUACAACCCUGCGCAACCUUUCACCAUCCUCUACGAUAAUGGGCAGAGCGUGGAGGUGGAUGGGAAGCUAACACAGAAGCUGAUCACGGGUCUUCAGCCGGAGACGCAGUACUCCUUCCUGUUGACCAACCGUGGGAACAGCGCUGGGGGUCUUCAGCACCGUGUGUCCACGAUGACCGCCCCAGACGUCCUCCGCACCAAGCCCUACAUGAUUGGCAAAACAAAUUCAGAUGGCAUGGUGACCGUAGAGCUGCCAUCUGUCCAAACUUCAGAGAGAGUAAGGGGCUAUUAUAUUGUGGUUGUACCUCUGAAGAAGCAGCGCACAGGGAAGUUUUACAGUCCGUGGGACAGUCCUGAUGAGAUGAAUCUGGAGGAGCUGCUGAAGGAGAUAAACCGGACGAGCAGAGGCCUUCGCUUCCAGCGGCACGCCGAGCCCAAAGCCUACAUCGCUGCGCACUUCAAAGACCUGCCCAAAGAGUUCACCCUGGGUGAUGGCAAGAUCUACGGCGACUUUGAGAACAAGCAACUCCAGAACGGCCAGGAGUACAUCUUCUUCGUGCUCGCCGUGCUGGAGAUGUCUGAAAACAUCAUGUAUGCCACCAGCCCGUACUCCGACCCGGUCGUUUCAGCAGACCUCAAUCCCCAGCCAAUCAUGGAUGAGGAGGAAGGCCUCAUCUGGGUGGUGGGGCCCGUGCUGGCAGUUGUCUUCAUCAUAUGCAUCGUCAUCGCCAUCCUUCUCUAUAAGAGCAAACCAGACAGAAAAAGAGCAGAAACCGAAGCCAGAAAAGGUAGCCUUCCAAACAGCAAAGAAAUGCCUCUUCAUCAUCCCACUGACCCGGUUGAGCUGCGACGCCUUAACUUCCAGACACCUGGUUCAGGUGCGCCCAGUCACCCCAGUAACCUCCAUUUGUCAAGUAUGGCGAACCACCCGCCGAUCCCCAUCAUGGAAUUGGCCGAUCACGUAGAGCGCCUGAAAGCCAACGACAACCUCAAAUUUUCACAGGAAUAUGAGUCCAUCGACCCUGGUCAGCAGUUCACCUGGGAGCACUCCAACCUGGAGGUUAACAAACCAAAGAACAGAUACGCCAACGUAAUUGCCUACGAUCACUCAAGAGUCCUGCUCUCUGGUAUCGACGGAAUCCCUGGAAGUGACUACAUCAACGCCAACUACAUAGAUGGUUACAGGAAGCAAAAUGCCUACAUCGCCACCCAGGGAGCUCUGCCAGAGACUUUUGGUGAAUUCUGGAGGAUGAUCUGGGAGCAGAGGAGCGCCAUCAUUGUCAUGAUGACGAAACUAGAGGAGCGGUCGAGGGUUAAAUGUGAUCAGUACUGGCCCACAAGAGGGACAGAGACGUACGGUCUCAUCCAGAUAACACUGCUGGACACGGUAGAGUUGGCCACAUACUGCGUCCGGACGUUCGCACUUUUUAAGAACGGCUCCAGCGAGAAGAGGGAAGUGAGGCAGUUCCAGUUCACCGCCUGGCCAGACCACGGGGUGCCGGAGCACCCCACGCCGUUCCUCGCCUUCCUGAGACGGGUGAAGGCUUGCAAUCCUCCAGACGCGGGGCCCAUGGUGGUGCACUGCAGCGCCGGGGUGGGCCGCACGGGCUGCUUCAUUGUGAUUGAUGCCAUGCUGGAACGUAUCAAGCACGAGAAGACCGUGGACAUCUACGGACAUGUAACCCUCAUGCGCGCCCAGCGCAACUACAUGGUGCAGACAGAAGACCAGUACGUCUUCAUACACGACGCGCUCCAGGAGGCCGUCAACUGCGGCACCACCGAAGUGCCCGCCAGAAACCUGUACGCCUACAUCCAGAAACUGACCCAGAUAGAGGGUGGAGAGAACGUCACGGGCAUGGAACUCGAGUUCAAGCGUUUAGCCAAUACUAAAGCUCACACGUCGCGAUUCAUCAGUGCCAAUCUCCCCUGCAACAAGUUUAAGAACCGCCUUGUCAACAUAAUGCCAUACGAGUCCACACGAGUGUGUCUUCAGCCCAUCCGAGGAGUGGAGGGCUCAGACUACAUCAAUGCAAGUUUUAUUGAUGGGUACAGGCAACAGAAAGCAUACAUAGCAACACAGGGGCCGUUGGCGGAGACUACAGAAGAUUUCUGGAGAAUGCUCUGGGAACACAACUCCACCAUUGUAGUCAUGCUGACCAAGCUCAGAGAAAUGGGCAGGGAAAAAUGUCACCAGUACUGGCCAGCAGAGAGGUCAGCCAGAUACCAGUACUUUGUGGUGGACCCCAUGGCCGAGUAUAACAUGCCCCAGUAUAUCCUGAGAGAGUUCAAAGUGACUGAUGCUAGGGAUGGACAGUCACGAACAGUAAGGCAGUUUCAGUUCACUGACUGGCCUGAACAAGGAGUGCCAAAAUCAGGGGAGGGUUUCAUCGAUUUCAUCGGCCAAGUACAUAAAACAAAAGAGCAGUUCGGCCAAGAUGGUCCCAUCUCAGUCCACUGUAGCGCUGGAGUUGGUAGAACCGGAGUUUUCAUUACCCUCAGCAUCGUCUUGGAACGAAUGAGAUACGAGGGCGUAGUAGACAUCUUUCAGACAGUGAAAAUGCUACGGACACAAAGACCAGCGAUGGUACAGACAGAGGAUCAAUACCAGUUCUGCUACAGAGCCGGCUUGGAGUACUUGGGGAGCUUUGAUCACUAUGCAACGUAAAACACCCAGUAUUGGAAGAUAAAAGUGGAGGGUUCUUUGGGAGAAAAAAGAAAUCCAAGCGAGCCUCUCUUCUGAGCCAUAAAUUCCUGCUUGAGAAAGUACUCCUUAACUCCUUGCUAACAAUUCAUUUAAGUGUUGGAUGUGCGACAUGACUCGUCAAAAAAUGAAAAAGAUGAUUCCCGGAGGACCAAGUGAUUUCCCCCAACAAGCCCAAAUGAAAAGAACCUUGCCUUGAAACACAAGCGUGGGGGGGAGGGUAAGGGGGGGGGGAUCCUGACUGAUGAAGCAUCAUAGGGAAUUACCUUUUCUUUUUUUGCUUCAAGGAUUCAUUUUGGGGCUCAUAAAACUAAAUGAAAACCAACGCAAGAAAAAAGUUAAUGAACAAUAACGACGUCGUCGGAAAUGCAUCAGUGAUUAUGACCCAUAACGAGAGACAAUGGAGAACCAGUGAGAUGCAGGGGGAAGCAACUCAAUGCACAUUGUACAAAAUGAAAAAAAAAAAAAAAAAAAAGAGGAAAAAAUCUGUUUCACAAUCAAGUCCACACAUCACAACAAGAAGACGAUGCUUGGUCCACAGGAGCAGGACAGACUUAAAGUAAUAAUGAAUAAAUAAAUAAAUAAAUACCCCUUUUAUCCUGUUGCAAUGUUAAGUCAUUUCAGUUUGGGAAACAUGGGGGGAGAGGGUGAAGUUAAAAUACAAAUACAAAAGUAUUGAUUUAGUUUUUUAUUUUUAAGUUGAUGUGCUUAUUUUAUUUUUAGAAAUGUCUUUUUUUUUUCUUUUCCAGAGAAAAAAAAAACGUUAAACCAUUUUUUUAAAAAGCUGUAGAACUGUUCUAAUGUACGUGCUCUUUUUGCAGAGAAUCCAUUUGCUCAUUUUCACGCACUUCAACGUUCAAACCAUUCAUAGUGAACCUUCAGGAACUGUUUUUUCCGGGAAUUGUUCAUAUUUUUUUAUUUUAGUUUGUUAUCUACAAUCACUCUCAUGGUAACCUGAUUACUUCCAUUGGAUUAAAGGGCAUAUAUCAUCAUUUUCAACUGCGUUGAGGGUCGAAGCCUAUGAUAGUCAUGUUAAUUUGCACGUGUGAAAUAUCGGAACUGGGACGAGAGAAUAACACUGAGGCCGAUGCAGCCGAGAAGGCAGCUGAAAGCCGCUGGAGAGGGAUGAUGUCAUGUCUGGAACAUCGAGCUCAGGCGCUAAGUACCAUCGACAACAUCUGCCCAAGACAAAAGUAGUGAUUGGAAAAAUACUCAUAUUUGAGACACGUAUUCUGCGAGCUGUUGUUUGGAGAACUAACAUCCCUACCCGGGGAUUUAAAAGCUCUCCGCGGUGCCCCCACCAGUGCCGUCCUUAAUCAACAACCAUGAAAACCUGACAAAAAACUGCAAUGUCAGGCUUUUAAAGCCUGAAAUCAGCAAUCAUAUUUCUCCAAACAACCACCACCAAUAUAUUUUAUACAGGCUAGCUGCACAGAUUGAGUCUCAUUUUUCUCCAUAUAAUUAAUCUUUUAUAUAAAAAAAUAAAAUAAAAAAUUCACAGAAUUAUCCUCAUAUGUUUUUUUUCUUCCUGAGGACACAAGCUGUCAUGCUGCUCAACUCCAUCUUGACAUUGUUUUCUCACUUGUUUGUCUCAGUGGAUGGAAAGGAAGUCAAAAUAUUGAUGUACAAUCCGACAGCAGCCACACUCCUUCAGACAUUAGGAAAUUAGUUACGGCUGAAGCUUUUAAUUGUAGCUAUACAUGCAGCGAGAUCACUUAGAGGGAGGACUUAAUGAUAUAAUGCAAUCUGCAAACAUCUUUAGAAACCUAAAAAUUCAAAAUUGUUGUAAGAGAAUAUUUUUUUUUUUUUCCUGUUCAACUUUAAGCUUGUAAUCAACACCUGCGGCCGCCUAAGCGGUCUGGCUGUGGAUUCCCUGCUUGAGCUAGCUAUUGUAGCUGUACCAUGACGAGUUUUGUCAUUCCUCAGGUUUGGCUAAUGUGUUACAUCUAAAAGCAUUUCCAACAGAGACUGUGUUCACCUGCAUUUAACUCCUAUGUAACAUGCGUAGAAGGUUUUUGAAGCAAAAGUGCUCACUCUGUUUUUUUUUUUUUUUUUUUUGUUCGUUUGUUUUUGUGUGUGGCCAAUGAGCAGCCGCGCGGCCGUUUGACAAAGUCCUGUUAAAAAAAGGUAUUUUUGUGUCAAGAAAACGAUACAUUCUGUUCCAUAUAUGGUAGUGCCUUCCUUUUUUUAGUGAGCGAGAGACUCAGAAGGCUCUUUUUUGUUUCAGGAAAGGGCAUUUUCAAAUUAUUCAGAAAGGCCGGUUUUGAUUUGUUUUAUACUACGAGGCUCUUCAGGUUUUCUGGCUCUAGAACAUGAUGAUAUAUGCCCUUUAACCGGGGCCUUGUGGAAUCAACAGGGGUGAGCAAAGUAUGAAGUUGCUGCUACCGAUUAUCUUAGUUCUUCCAUGUUACAAUGAGAAGAGAAAACUUGAUGAAUUGGGUAUGAAUAUAUAACUAUAUACUGUCAAAUAUGUGAAAAUGUAUAUCAAAGUAUAUAUAUAACAUUAUAUAUAUAUAAAAUAUAUAGUUUAAAAGUAUAUAAAAUAUGGAUUGUGUUUGAAAGCUUUGAAGCCAGGAGAUGCGUGCCAUGGGGGAAACUGAGAUUUUUUUUUUUCACUGGAAUGCACAUCAGUACAACAAAACUGUAUUCUGAUUCAGUGCAUAUUUUCUUGUGCAAUAAACGUGUUUUAGAUUUAGAUUAUUUUUUUUCUCCUUUCAAUAUGUGGAGAUGUCAUUAACUCAUGGCUUUAUGAUACCCUCCCUCUCCCCACAAAGCAGCUGGCAGUCGAAGCGAUGCCGGUGCAUCUUUGUUUAAAAAAAAAA